AUGGACAAUUUCAAGAUGAGAACUCAAGUUGGACACACCAGGUUUGCACAUAGCGGACAAAUUCGAGGAAACGUUCGAGGCAUGACUGCUUAUGAAAAAUGACUCACAGUUAACAGAAUCAUUUAAUAUAUAGUUAUUUUACAAUGGUGGGGAGUACUUAAGAGAAUUCAGGGGUACAGGAGGGGUACAGGAAGGGUACAGGAAGGGUACAGUAGGGGUACAGGAAGGGUACACAGGAAGGGUACCGGAAGGGUACAGUAAGGGUACAGGAAGGGUACAGGAGGGGUACAGGAGGGGUACAAUGAAAGUUCAUUUCCGUUGUGCUUUGCAGCCGUGCCUCCAUCGAUAGCUAUAAAAGAAGUAAGCCGCUGUUUCUGAUUCAGUCAGUUCUUAAACCUCGUGCAGUUCGGAUCACAAUGUUCAGCAAUUAUAAUCAUUUCGUUCAAAAAGGAUAUGGAAAUUUUGAAGAUGAUGACGACGAUAUUGAAAGCUCACAAGAAAGCGAACAAUCAUCUCAAAGUUCUCAAUCUAGCGAAGAAAUGGACUCUUCCGGAGAGAAGGAGGAGGAGCAUGUAGAUCCUUGGUCACCCAUUCAAAAUGAAGUUUGUAAUCGCCACGAAGCCCAGCUCGAAGCUCUGAUCAACGAGUAUGAACAAAACGGAGACUCGCCUGAAGUGGCCCGCAUUAAAACUGAAAAUGCUUUGCUUCCAGUAUAUAGAAAGGAAUUGAGAAAAGUGUUCUUAGAGUUUUUACAAUGGAUGCAUGCAAUGAAGAAAGAUCCGACAUUCCGAAAAGUGAUGGAAACCCGCCAAGAUCUCAAAGACACAGAAGGAUAG